AAAAAGGGCGAAAGAGAACGGUCCUUCUUCUUGAUCCUGCGGCGUUUUUAACCGGUACCCAUCCCUAAUAAAUGUAGUCUUUCCAAAUUUAAACCCAACACCGCGACGAAGCUCCUCUAAUCCUAGCUUUCUCUUCACACAUUUUUCAGAGAGAUUGAUUGAAGAAAGGAAAGAUGUUUGGGACAGUGAUAAGGUACAUAGGAAGGAAACCAAAGCCAAAGAUGAAACCAAUUGAGCUUAAUACUCCACCUGAGCAAACACAGACUAUAACGAGGGUUAUCUUCGACAUCUUAAAGGAGCAUGGUCCUCUCAAUAUUACCGACACCUGGGAACGAGUCAAGGAUGUUGGCUUGAGAGGCUUGACAAGCAAAAGACACAUGAAGAUAGUUUUAAGAUGGAUGAGGGAAAGGCAGAAGCUUAAGCUUAUAUGCAAUCAUGUGGGGCCCCAGAAGCAAUUUCUGUAUACGACAUGGUUCACAAAACCAAAUAAAAUGCAUAUAAAGCCAGGAACUCAUACUUCCUGGCCAAAUACUAAGUAGCUAAUGACAGGAAGUGAGAUUUCCCGGCCAAAGUCAUCAUAAACCCUAUAACGUGGUGUGUGAUAUGAACCAAAGAUUUAAUGGGGCUUUCUAUUGUCGAGUAAUAAGAGAAACAAGAGAAAAAGAUAUGAGCAUUGUAUUCCAUUCAUCGUGUUGUGAAGCUUAACGGCCAAAUAAGGUGGCUGUUACAGGCUUUUAAACAGAGUGAAUAUCAAGACCUUAGCUUGUGGGUAGAGACUCUCCUCCUACUCCAAAACAAAUGGUGAUUCGAGUAGAGCUGAAACAAAGCAGCAUUGCUAUUGAAAUAAACUCUCAGAACUCGAAUGUGAUUGACUACUUUGAGGCUUUUGGUACUUUGUUACUUUUGCUUUUUUAAAGAAAAACAAAAGAAAAGAAAAACCUUUAUAAGUUGAAAACAUAAUUGUGUUUUAUAACCAUCAUUGAGAUAUGAAGGAAAACAAAAGUUGUCUGCUUAAACUCUAGUUUGCGCAGGUUUUAAGAUCAGUUGUUUAAUGAGUUCAAACACUGCCAA